AUGCCAGUCUAUCACAUUGACCCAGUUCUCUUCCGUCUGAAGGAAGGUGUGGCCCCAGCACAAGUUGAUGCCUUUCAUGAGAAAGCUAAGGGCAUGGUAGGCAAGAUUCCAGGUAUAGCGAGAGAGCGAGAGAGCGAAGAAGUGGUGGGGCCUCACAUGCAAUGUAAUGAAAUGAUCCUGACAUGGUACAUGACUGGCAGGAUUGAUUUCUCUCGAAUGCAACAAACCCCUUCCAAUCUGUCUACCGCGUGCACACGGGUUCGACAUGGGACUCGUGGCGGUCCUGGAAAAGGCAGACACCGUUGCGACUUAUGCUGUGCAUCCAGCCCACUUGGACUGAGAGAAGAGCUUUGUGACGAUACGUUGGCCUAUGAUCUGGAGUUCUAG